CAGCCUCGCAUCUCGGAUUGGCCCUUACUGCCGAUUGAUAUCAUUCUGAUAUAUAUAAACCAACCUCCCUUCAUGAAUCGGAAAUGCUGAGAUAGCUCCAUGAAGGCGACCCGAAGAACAAUUGAGGAGUGAGCGGUCGCUAUGUCGGAGCGCAAGAACUCUGAGGCUGGGCCCUCCAAGACCCCCAUCCCAGCUGCGUCGUUCCCUACACAUAACUCGCCGCGAGUGUGGUUUAUUACCUCUUCCCUGUCGCCAUUGGCGGUCCGGUUGAUAAGGCUGCUGCUUGCACACGGCGAUCAUGUCGCCGCGGGCCUCCCGCCCAACGAAAUCGAAGACGAUGAUCGAAGCGAGGAAUUCAGGGAGCUGAUCAAUGAGUGCAAGAGUGGGAGGAAAGAUAGAGAGGGAUGGAAGGAUAGGAUACGUGGUAUACGCUGCGAUGGGAGGAUCAUGGGACAAUGCGGAGCUGCUGUAGCGGAAGCGGUGGAGGUGUUUGGACGUAUUGAUAUUCUGCUCUGCUGCACAUCAGAAGCGGUCAUCGGCACCGUCGAAGAGCUCUCGACCAGCCUCGCGACCCAAAACCUCGUGCGCGACCAAUUCGAAAUCACCUUUUUCAGCCAGGUCAACUUCAUCAAAGCGACGCUCCCCCUCCUCCGUGAGAAGCACACCGGACACAUCAUAAUCCUCACCGGGAUAACAGGCCACAUCGGUACCCCCGGCACGCCCAUGUUUUCCGCCGCUACCUGGGCAUUAGAAGGCUACUGCGAUUCCCUAGCUUACGAAAUCGCCCCUUUCAAUAUCAAGAUGACUAUCGUUCAACCUAAUAAAGAGAUCUCUGUCCUCUCAAAUAAGAUCACCUUUGCGCCCCAGCUGCCGCAAUAUGAGAGCCAUAACAAUCCUGCCCCAGGCCUCCGAGACAUCCUGACCAACGUGGUGAACAUGCACCCCGACACGCGGAUCAGCGACUUCAAAGGGACGAACACCAUCGUGUCCCGCUAUCCGCGCCUACCGAGCGACGCGCGCGAUACUCUCGUCAUGGAAACCGUACACGCGCUGACGGCGAUUGCGGGUCACGAGAACCCUCCCGCGAGGCAUAUCGUGGGAUACGAGGGCGUGGCGUCGGUGAAGGAGAAGCUGAAGACGGUGAGCGAGGAACUGGAGGAUUUCGUCGAGGUUAGCUGCGCGGUCGAUAUCUUUAAGAGUGAUGUCGGGAGGGCGGCGCUGUCGGGCGUGUGGAAAGGGGAGGGGAGUAGUGUGGGGACCGCUGCUGCGGCGGAAGGGACCUCUUCGUCGUGAGCAUGGUGUUUGAAAUGGCCCAAAGAUAUAUUAUGAUAUCAAGAACCUGUAGUAAUGGGGUUUAAAAUACUUGAUGAGAAAACCGGUUAAUGCAUGGGUUGGUUGAAUCACGAGAAGCGUUUGAAAAAAGGGAAGAUUUGGGAGCUUUUCCCUAUCGUAUAUCUCCCUUCACUAGGCACGAUCUACCUAUUCACAAGUACCUCAAGCAGUAGGUAGCAAGACGCAGAACUUUCAAAGAAGAAUAAAAGGCUAGGUAGUAUAUUGGC